AUGGCAAUAGGUUCCAGGACGGCAACCGCAGCUCUGCACCGGCGCCUUAGCUCGGCCGAGAGCUUACAAAGUAUCCGCAAUUCAGCCAUAGGCCUUGAUGAUGUCCCUAUUUCUGUGGCCGACCAGACGGGACCGAUAACCUGGAUGGCACUACCCCGGAAGGGACAGCUCGCCAUACUCUUCUUGUGUCGCUUUGUCGACUUUUUGCAGGUCGCCUCCUUGCAGGCGUAUGCCUACUACCAGCUCAAGUCGCUCAAUAGCACCUUAUCAGACGCCCAGGUCUCUAUCCAGGCCGGUAUCUUGCAGGGCUGCUUCACGGGCGCACAGGUCCUCACUGCUGUGCUCUGGGGAAAGGCGGCGGACACUAGCUGGUGCGGACGCAAACCAGUUCUCGUCCUUGGGCUUGCCGGCACGGCUGUGUCGUGUAUCGGCUAUGGAUUUGCGACGUCUUUCUUUUGGUCUGCCUUUUGGCGCAUUUUUGGCGGUGGGAUCAACGGCACAGUGGGAAUCAUGUGA